GGCCGAGUCGCGGUGUGGCGGGUUCGAGUCCCACCUCCCAACUCGCCUCAAGCCCCUGAGCCCCGGGCGGGGCUCAUUCGCCAAUUAACCUCCCCGCGCGAGGGCCGGUGGGACACCUUGGGCUUCACCAUGGAGGACUAUCUGCAGGGUUGUCGAGUUGCUCUGCAGGAGUCCCGACCCAUACAUGUUGUGCUAGGAAAUGAAGCCUGUGACUUGGACUCCAUGGUGUCAGCUCUCGCCCUGGCUUUUUAUCUGGCAAAGACAACUGAGGCUGAAGAAGUCUUUGUGCCAGUUUUAAAUAUAAAGCGUUCUGAGCUACCUCUACGAGGUGACAAUGUCUUCUUCCUUCAGAAGACUCACAUUCCAGAGUCCCUCUUGAUUUUCCGGGAUGAGAUUGACCUCCAUGCAUUGCAGCAGGCUGGCCAGCUCACCCUCAUCCUUGUUGACCAUCAUGUCUUACCCAAAAGUGACGCAGCCUUAGAGGAGGCAGUAGCAGAGGUGCUAGACCAUCGGCCCAUCGAUCAGAAACACUGCCCUCCCUGCCAUGUUUCAGUUGAGCUGGUGGGGUCCUGCGCUACCCUGGUGGCCGAGAGAAUCCUGCAGGGGGCACCAGAGAUCUUGGACAGGCAAACUGCAGCCCUUCUUCAUGGAGCAAUCAUCCUGGACUGUGUGAACAUGGACCUUAAAAUUGGAAAGGCAACCCUAAAGGACAAACGACAUGUAGAGAAACUAGAGGCCCUCUUCCCAGAUCUGCCCAACAGAAAUGAUAUUUUUGAUUCUCUGCAAAAGGCAAAGUUUGAUGUAUCAGGACUGACCACAGAGCAGAUGCUGAGAAAGGACCAGAAGACCAUCUCCAGACAAGGCACCAAGGUGGCCAUUAGUGCAAUAUAUAUGGAUUUGGAGGUAAGAGCAAGAUGUAGGUGUGGAUGGAGAGAGAAAACCUUUAGUUUUGUAUGUAACCUUGCCCCUCACUCCUGGCUCACCUCCAAAAUGUAUCUUACCCCUCCUUUUCUCCAUCUCUACUCCACAGUCCAUCGUCUCUCACUGCACUACUGUAAUGGCCCCCAUGCUGGUUUCCCUGCCUCCACUUUUGACCCCUGCAAACUGUUCUCUCCACAGCAGCCAGAGUGAUCUCUUUAAGACAUGUCAGAUCCAGGGGAGUAACCUGGUGGUCUAGUGGUUAGGACUCAG